AUGUUUCGCUCACCAAAUAAAAGCCAGUCGAAUCCGAAUCUGCACGCAGAAGAAGACUCUAGUACCGUUGCUAAUGUCACGCAAAGAAAAAGGAAACAACCUGACUGCGAGCUGACGCUGGCUAUUGCUGAUCUAUCUGCCGAGCUAAAAAAAACCAUUAGCGACUUGCGCACCGAUAUAAAUAAUAAGUUUUCAAAAAUUAGCGAGACUAUUGGUAACUUAAGAGACGAGUUUAAUAUCCUAUCAACAUCCUAUUCACAAAUACAGAGUGAAUUGAAAGAAUUGCGAACAGACUAUUCUACAGCAAAAUUAGAAAUAUCAAGUCUGAGUGCUAAGCAUGAUGAUCUGUCUCGUGUCGUGUCAGAGCUCAAGUCAACUGUAAAUUUUAACUCUGCUAACUGCGUCGACAAUGCGAAGUGCAUCGCGGAUCUAAAUAUGAGCAUCAAGAACUCAGCGGCGUCGUCGGUGUCUCUGCUUGAAAGUAAAAUAGACGUGCUGGAGCAGCAGGCGAGGCAGUGUAACGUUGAGCUGGGGAACAUUCCUGAAAAGCGGGCAUCACCAUCGUCGUGCCAGCUGCUGUUCCUGAUGGAGCCGCCGCCGCGGCUGUCGUUCUCCAACAGCACGGGCGCGCGCGUGUCCUGCGCGGCGCACGGCUCGCCCGCGCCCGUCAUAUCCUGGCUCACUGAAGACGGAGCGCCGGUGUCUGAUGUGCCUGGACUGAGGAGCGCGUUACCGAACGGCACGCUGUGGCUGGGCGCGUUCUCCGCGGCGCAGUACCGCAGCGACGUGCACGCGGCGGUGUACCGCUGCCGCGCCGCCAGCGCCGCCGGCACCAUACUGUCGCGAGACAUGCGCCUUGAGGCGGUAAUGGACAUCCCGUGGGACGUGCGGGUGCAGUCUUCUCACGGCGUGGCGGGAGGGGCGGCACUCCUCACCUGCACCGUGCCGUCCAUCGUGAGGAAUCACGUUAGCGUCUCCCGCUGGUUCAAGGACGGCGUGGUGCUGGAGCCACUAGCUGCUGAGGCUGGUGGUCAGUACAUCGUGGGAGGCAGUCGCAGCGACAUCCUGGUGGUGCGGGACGCGCGGCCUGAUGACGUCAGCUCGUACUCCUGUGAGGCGCAGCACGCACUCACUGGAGACAAGCGGCGGAGUCCCUCGGCUAUGGUCACCGUGUCACAUGCCUCAUCAAGUAUGGCACCGCGAAUGCUCUCGGUUUCUGAAGACGAAAUGGUUCCCCAAGGUGGUGACAUCCGACUAGUGUGCUGUGCAAUCGGAAGUCCUCCUCCAACUUAUAGCUGGUUCCGCCACUCAAACGGUCGUCUAAGCCCCGUUUCCAAUAGCAUCAGGAUAUCGGUGUCAGACCAGGUACUGAUCAUCCGUCGAGCCCAGCUGUCUGACGGCGGCGUGUGGACGUGCAGGGCUCACAAUCAGUUCGGGGAACAGCGGCGGGAUGCCAGGCUGAGGGUUCGGUCGAGGCUGGUUGUUAGUGUGCAUCCUCAGCUGCAGGUAGCAAACUCAGGGAGCUCAGUAACGUUCAACUGCUCAGUGGAAGGUGGUGAUGCUCGUGUGAGGUGGUUGCAUGACGGAGUGCCGGUGGGGGGAGGGGAGCGAGUCCUCAGAGUGCACGGCGUGGUGAGGGCACAUCGCGGCAUGUACCAGUGCUUCGCUGAGAGGGACCUGGACAGCGCUCAGGCUGCUGCUGAACUGAGACUCGGAGACACGGCACCGGAACUGCACUACACGUUCAUCGAGCAGGCGCUACACCCGGGGCCGUCGCUGGCGCUGCACUGCGCUGCGUCGGGCAGCCCGCCGCCCAGGUUCACCUGGCUGCUGGACGGACAGGCUGUUGAGGAGCAUAACACGCCGCAAAGGAGUAUAUCCCAGUUCAUGAACUCAAACGGCGACGUGGUGAGCUACAUGAAUCUGACGUCAGUGCGGCCUGAGGACGGAGGCCGCUACACCUGCAGGGCACACAACUCCAGGGGCGCUGUCGAACAUUCUACCAGGCUUAACGUUUAUGGACCUCCAUCGAUACGGAGCAUCGGGCCCAUCCGCGUGGUGGCGGGCGUGAACACCACCAUCUACUGCCCAUUCUCCGGAUUUCCAAUCAGUGAGAUUCGCUGGCAGCGCGGAGGCAUGGACGUGAGCUCGACCGGCGGGCGCGCGCUAUCAGGAGUUGGUGGUGAGCUGCUGCUGUGGCCUGCUGAGCCCGCUGAUGCAGGGGUCUACUCCUGCAGGGUCACUGCGCCUUCAGGGCAGUACGCCCAGAAGGAUGUCCAGAUAUUUGUCAGAAAUCCACCAAAAAUAGCGGGGUUUUCGUUUCCACUUGACUUGGUUGAAGGCAGUUCGAUACAAGUAUUAUGUGGAAUAACGUCAGGUGACAAACCAGUCUACUUCUCUUGGCUAAAAGAUGGCCAACAUAUCCCUACUGGUUUACAGGUUCAGGAAAAAUCCCUCGAUGAGUUCAGUUUCUUGAUAUUUUCUCAUGUAACGUCAAAGCAUAGUGGAGACUACACCUGUGUUGCGAGUAAUUCUGCUGCAGAAGUCAAUCAUACAGCCAGAUUGGCGGUGAAAGUGGCCCCAUCAUGGGUAUAUGAGCCUCAAGACGUAUCAGCUCUCUUAGGAACUCAAAUCUUGGUACACUGUGCUACGAAAGGAUACCCUGAACCAAGAGUUUCCUGGCUUAAAGGCCAUGGUUCGGGAGUUAGUGAUUUUAGACCAGUAUCAAACUUGGACCUUCAGUUCUCCAUGCUUCCCAAUGGGUCUCUCAGCAUAGCUCCGGCUGCUCAUCAUCAUGAGGGUCAAUACAUGUGUCGAUCAGAGAACGGGAUAGGAAGAGGGUUGUCCAAGAUUAUUGCAGUUUCUGUCAAUGAACCAGCACACUUCGAGUUCUCGUCGCGCAACAUGACGGUGAAACGGACUGCGCAGGCGACACUUCAGUGCGAUGCUCGUGGCGACCCUCCCAUACAGCUACAGUGGACACAUAACAUGAAAAGAGUGGACCUGACCACAUACAGGGUAUCAGUAUCAGAAAAGCGGUCAGAAAGUGGAGUGAGCUCGCAGUUGAGCAUAGCACACGCUGAGCGUCAUGACUCGGGAGUAUAUCGGUGUCGUGCUGAAAACGCGUACGGCAGAGACGAGCUUCUUAUUUAUCUGGCCGUUCAAGAGUACCCUGAGGCUCCCCUAGGACUGCAUGUAUCCAGGCGUUCAGGUCGCGGCGCGUCGCUAUCCUGGCGGCGCGGAUACGACGGCAACGCGCGAGUACUAUUGUAUCGCCUGCAGUAUCGAGUUGUAGGGGACGCGAGGCGACCUGAUGCGGGGGACUGGGCAGAUGCACCUACGAGGGAUGUGCCUGUUGACAGGGUGCUUGAGAGACAUGACCUAGAUUCUACAACAGAGGUUCAUCUGGAGUAUCGAGUGGAAGGCUUGAGGCCAGCCACUGCAUAUGCCUUGAGACUGGCUGCGGUCAAUGCUAUUGGUGACAGUGAUUACUCUGAUCCUGUCAUUGUACAGACUUUAGAAGAAGCUCCAUCCGAACCACCCCAUAACGUACAAGUGCAAGCGACUGCCCCAGGAGAAUUGCUCGUCAAAUGGCAGGCACCUCCCCAAGAAUCCUGGAACGGCGAGCUCCUAGGCUACGUGGUGACCUGGCACGAGGCGUCCAUGGUGGCAGACAACAAGACGUCAGCGCUGACGGCGGCAGGGUGGGGCGCGUCGCACGCCGUGCUGGUCGCGCUGCGCACGCACGUGCAGUAUGAGGUGCGCGUGCGCGCGUUCAAUGCUGUGGGCGCCGGACCACCGAGCUCGCCGCUCACUGCCACUACGUUAGAAGGAGCUCCGGAGGCUCCACCAGAGCGUGUUCGUUGCGAGGCACUAUCAGCACAGUCCAUACGCGUGUGGUGGGAGCCACCACCGCCAGCACUGAGGGGAGGAGUACUGCUGGGCUAUGAAGUGCUUUAUGAGACCGUAGAUGAACUAGAAAGCCAGGUGGAGACCCGUCGCUCGGGAGGCAUGGAGACAGUAUUGCAGGCGUUACAGAGAGCCGCCAACUAUAGUAUAGCCGUACGCGCCAGAACUGCUGCCGGGACGGGACCUACUUCUGAACCAGUUUACUGCAUCACACACGAAGAUAUCCCAGGACCUCCAAUGGACAUCAAAGCAGCUGCGAACUCUGAAGACACAGUGAUUGUGAGUUGGUUAGCUCCACUGCAGAAAAACGGCAAGAUCAAACACUACACCGUCUACAAUAGACCGCAGAGGACAGGCCAACACUCCCAGAUGACCGUACUCCACAAAGAUGAAGAUGAGGAGUACCAGGUGGAGGUCCGAGGGUUGCAGGAGCACCAGGUGUACGAGUUCUGGGUGACGGCUGCCACCGCUUCAGGAGAAGGAGAAAUGAGUGCUAUUGUGGCGAGGAAGCCUAAUGCCAGAGCGCCCGCAAAGAUAACAUCAUUCGGUCGUCGUGUAGAAGUAAAAGCCGGGUCUCGCGCGCGCUUACGCUGCGGUGCCGCAGGAGCACCCGCGCCGCACCGCGCCUGGGCGCGACGCCGCCCCGCGCCACCACUCGCGCAUGACGACAACUAUCUCAUUGAUGGAUCAUACCUCGUCAUAUUGGCGGUGGACGCUCGUUCGGAGGACAACUACACGUGCACGGUACGCAACCCGUGGGGCGAGGAGCGCGCGGCGUGGCAAUUGCGCGUGCUGGCGCCGCCCGCGCGCCCGCGCCUGCGCCUCGCUGCUGCGGCGCCUGCCAGACUCACGCUGGCAUGGGACAAGCCGCAUACUGGAGGAUCUAGCUUACACGGCUAUCUAAUAGAAUACUCCCGGUCGGACGAAACAAAGUGGCACUCGACACGGUUACCAGCCGAUUCCCGAACGCACACCUUGGAACGAUUAGCAUGUGGAACCUUAUACAAGAUAAGACUGACUGCAUAUAACGCGGUGGGAUCCUCUCCAGCAAGCGAAGAGCUGAUAGUUUCCACCAAAGGAGGACCAUCAAAGGCUUCAACAGAAAAGGAUCUGAUCACAACCAAUAGUUCCUGCGUCCGUCUUAAUCUACUAACCUGGGACAGCAAUGGCUGUCCUCUCACCCAAUUCGCGGUUUCCGUGAGGAGUUUUGAAGAGUCCUCGUGGGUCACUCAGACGGUAUCUCCGGCUGCACAACCUACAGUCAUGUGUGGACCGUAUACCAGCACCAGCUCAUUUUCCACCAGGCGGUGA